CAACGCGACAGCUACUGUAGCCACGCUGCUACUGUCUCGCUUUGUGAAACACUACGGACGCAAGACUGUUGCUGAUUCAGAAACAAUCCCAUCGCUAAGAGGCAGACAAGAGAUAAAAUUCUGCCAUUUACUGUAACAUUUAAAUGGAUGUGAAAGAGGAGACGUGUGAGGCUGACCUGAAUAUCAUGGAGGAGAGGACCAUAAAUGUUAAGGAGGAGGACUGUGAGUGGGAGAGUGUCCACCCCAAACAGGAGAGUCUGGACAUCAAGGAAGAGGACAGUGAACUGAGAUCAGUGAAUAUUAAAGAGGAGUGUGUCAGCACCAAGAUUCACAACUGUAUGUGUACUGAGAGUGACAAGAAAGAUGACCUUCAUUAUGGAGAUCAAGAUGGAGCAGUGAGCGGGUUAGUCUCUUCUCAUAGCAGACAUUCUUCAUCUCCGGAGUCUUCUAUCAAUGUAAAAUAUGAAUCAUUACAGUCUGACACAAAGACGACUGAAGGAAUUUCAUCCCCUAGGACUGAGGAAGGUCAGACAUCACCUAAGACGUCAUCUAAAACAAGAAUCAAACUUCACUGCUGUUCUGAAUGUGGCAAACAGUUUUCAAAGAGAAGCCAUCUUCAGACCCACCAAAGAAUCCACACAGGAGAGAAGCCAUAUUGCUGUUCUGAAUGUGGUAAAAACUUUUCACGGAGAAGUAGUCUUCAGAACCACCAAAGAACUCACACAGGGGAGAAGCCAUAUGACUGUUCUGAAUGUGGUAAACAGUUUUCAGAUAGAAGCAGCUUUCAACGCCACAAAAUAAUUCACACAGAGGAGAAGCGAUAUUGCUGUUCUGAAUGUGGUAAACAGUUUUCAAAGAGAAGCUAUCUUCAGGUCCACCAAAGAAUUCACACAGGACAGAAGCCAUAUUGCUGUUCUGAAUGUGGCAAACAGUUUUCAAAGAGAAACUAUCUUCAGAGCCACCAAAGAACUCACACAGGGGAGAAGCCAUAUGACUGUUCUGAAUGUGGUAAACAGUUUUCAGAUAGAAGCAGCUUUCAACGCCACAAAAUAAUUCACAGAGAGGAGAAGCCAUAUUUCUGUUCUGAAUGUGGUAAACAGUUUUCAAAGAGAAGCUAUCUUCAGAUCCACCAAAGAAUCCACACAGGGGAGAAGCCAUAUUGCUGUUCUGAAUGUGGCAAAAAGUUUAAACAGAGAAGCUGUCUUCAGAUCCACCAAAGAAUCCACACAGAGGAGAAGCCGUAUGACUGUUCUGAUUGUGGAAAACAAUUCUCUUAUAGUAGUCAAUUUCAGAUACACAUUAAAACUCACUCAGGAGAGAAGCCGUAUUGCUGCUCUGAAUGUGGCAAAACAUUUUCACAGAGAAGCAGUCUUCAGAGCCACCAAAGAAUUCACUCAGGAGAGAAGCCAUAUUACUGCUCUGAAUGUGGUAAACAGUUUUCAGAAAGAAUCGCUUUUCAGCGCCACAGAAUAAUUCACACAGGACAGAAGCCAUAUUGCUGUUCUUUAUGUGGCAAAAAGUUUUCACAUAGAAGCAGUCUUCAGAGCCACCAAAGAAUUCACAUGAGAGAAAAAAAAUGACAAAAAACUCCCCCACCUUGCCCACAGAUGAUCACAGUACAAUGCUAAGCAGUAGAAGAAAGAAUUCAUAAAGUUUAAUGAAAACAAAAGAGAUGUAAUUGGGGAAGCUACAAGUAAAGUGGUAAAUACACUGCCCACCUCCAACAGCCUGAUGUGGAAACAGAACUUACUCAUGCAUAGCUUAUGAGGAGCGAACUAAGACCAAAAGAUGUACUCCUCAUCAUAGAUGCAGAAAACCGUGUCUUGGACACAAAGUGGUUCAGAUCAAAAAUAGAAAAAAAUAAAUAAAUAUCCCAUAAUUGUCCCUUCUGUCACAAAGAGCUAGACACAGUCACACAUCUUGUUGCUGGGUGCGAGGUACUGAUUACUGAAGGAUUUUACACUGCACAGCACCACAAAGUGGCCAGGCUCAUUCACUGAAAACUUGGUAAGAAGUACAACUUACCCUCACCAGAAAGACACUGGGACCACAACUCAGACCGCACAAUGGACAAUGAGGAGGUGCAGGUCACUUGUAGCACAGCAAUACUGACUGACUGAAAAAUAGAGGCCAGAAAACCAGAUGUAAGAAAUCCUGGAUAACAGAAGUAUUAGCUCCUAGUGAUUACUCAGUCCUAAGAAUGGACAGGCAAGAAAGAAACAAAAUACCAAGAAAUGCAGUCUGAGAUAUGACAAAUGAAAUGUGGACCGAAAAACAAAAACAGAAGAA